UCCAGGGUGCUGAAGGCAGAUCGCGGCCAGCUCUGGGGAGGGGGACGGACACCACCCCGCCGCACGGCCGAAGCACCAUGCUGGGCUCACACGCCCCUCUCCGCGGAGCUGCCCUGCUCCUCUCCAUCAGCCUCCUGACGCAGUGCUGCCUGCAUGCUGCCCCCCUGCCCCUGGGGGAGGACGCCCACCCCGAGGAGUCCCGCCAGCCCAGCCCUGCGCCCCCCACCAAGGAGGUCCGGACGAGAGCCCUGCCCGCACCCAGCCGGGAAGGCGGGGACGCCCAGGAGGAGGAAGACGACGACGAGCUCUUCCGAGACGUGGACCCCAAGGCCUUGGCCGCCGUGCUGCUCCAAGCCCUGGGCAACGGGGGCCACAACUCUCCGGACAAGCGCCGGGCCCCGGAUGAGGAGCGGGUACAGAGCCAGAGCCGGAGCACCAGCCUGGGGGCGGGCCGGGUCCGGGAGCAGCAGCUGGAGGAAGAGGAGGAGGAGGAAGGCAGAGACAGCAGCUCCCAGGAGCUGGAGAGCCUGCAGGCCCUGCUGCGCGAGCUACAGCCACUCGGCCCUGCGGCCAAGCGGGAACGCGCCCAGGGGGACGCCGGCCACAACGCGGUGCUGAAGGAGCUGGAGGAGUAUGAGCGGCUGCGGGCCGGCACCAAGCGCCGGGCCCCACCAGCCGAGCCCUGGGCCGGCGCUAGGAAACUGAGGCAGCAGCAGCAGCUGGAGCACCAGCUCCUGCAGCGGCGCUACGAGGAGCUGGCCGAGAGCCGGCGGCAGGCCGAGGAGGCCCGCAAGGCGGCCGCCGAGGAGGAGCGGCUGGCCGACAUGGCCUCCGACCUGCUGCUGCAGUACCUGCUGAAGGGCCGGGAGGACGAGGGCGAGCAGGGGGCCGACGCCCACGAGGAGGAGGAGGAGGAGGAAGAGGAGGGCAGGUUCCGGGGCGGCAGGGCCAAGGGCAGCCCCUUGCUCUUCGAGGACGAGGAAGGCAACGUGGCGGAGGACAAGCGCUCCGACGAGGAGGAGGACGACGACGACGUCAUCGACCCCAACACCAUCGACCAGCUGAUCGAGCUCUCCACUAAGCUGCACCUGCCAGCCGAGGACGUCAUCGACAUCAUCAACGAUGUGGAGAAGAAGAAGAAGGCGGCGGCGGCGCCGGUGGCGCCCAAGCACCCAGCCAAGCCACUCCCCUACGCCCCGGCCCGGCCCUACUAUCCUGCCGCCCCCUGGCGCCGCCCCAAGCCGGACGAGCGGGACUGGAAUGAGGUGCUGCACGGGGACGACUACCUGGCCCCCAAGAGAUACCUGGCCAAGCAGAACGACUUCUCCAACUACAUCCAGCCCAGGGCGUUCCAGCUACCGCCGCCGCCAUCCUACCCCCACAGCCGCCACCUGCCGGGCUCUCUGGCACCCAGGGACGAGGCCGCCGCCGCCGGCCGGGCCCAAGACGACGAGAUGGAGAACUACAUCGAGCAGGUGCUGAUGGACCAUGCCCAGGCGUUCCAGUGAAUCACCCCCCUUCCCCAUCUCCCCAUGGAGAAGCGUGAUCAUUCUGAGUGUCCCAAGCAUUUCAGGUUGUGCAUGAGUCAGGAGAACAAACCCCGUCCCUCCCCAUGCCCGCGAUGCCCCCCCCCUGACUUUAGGAUCCCUGGGUCCCACCAGGCCCACCGCGCUUGAAGGAACCGGGGGGUUGUGGAAGAUGCAGCCCCAUCCGGCCAUUGGGAACAUGCCUCCCCCCUCCUUUCGAGGAGACGCUCUGUGCAGAUGACAGGAGGUGCCAGCCCAUGGAGAACCCGAUCCUGAUCCCGCCUCUCUUCUCUGAGCCCCCAGGGACAAGACCCCCGCGUGUCGUCAGCUCUCAGGUGCGUCAGAAUUCUCCACAGCCAGUGGCCCCAGCCCUGCUAGUGUGGACAUGUCCCCGAACCCCAGCCGGAAGGGCAAGCGGAGGCCACUCUUACAAUGCUAAACAGCAGCCAGCGAGGGAGGCCGAAAAAAAAUCUAGACCGGGUCACUGAAAACAGAGCAAAGCCCCAAUUGGCUCCAAAAUUACCGUCUCGGCUUCAGUGUGUUUUUCCUUCUCAUCUCAGCAACUUCCCCCUCUCCUCCUUUCUGUACACUUUUCAAAACACAAACGCAGUGAAGGGAAGCGCGAUAUUUGGAUGUGAAAAAAUGGAGAGGGUUUGUUUCAACAUGAACUUCUGGCCAUUCUGCGUGGGAGGAGAAAGCCAGAGCUAGUCCCGAGGUGGCGGCAGGGGGGCGGGGUAUCGACUCGGGGAAAACACAGCCCCGCGGGGGGGUAAAAUCGGCACCGUUCAGUUAACUUUAAGGAACUGGCGACUUGACUUCAGGGGUGCCGCUCCUAACAUUUACAGGCGCUACAAAGCCAUCCUGCCCAUCCCGUCUGAGCUCUUACAUAACUCAGGCGGAGCACAGCCAUCCAGCCCGUAGCUGGUGGUUGAGCUAGUCUCUUUUCGAAAGAGGGGGACAGACUCUGACUUCGGGAGAAGGGUGGCAAAUAGGGGCUGUCAACUGAGCCCAGGUGAGGUUCUCCCCGUUGUUAAAAUGCCAGAACCCUUCAACAUUAAGAGCUCCACAGUAGCACAUUUACAUGCCCAGAUCUACGUCACCAACACACGUUUUCUCUUCUGCAAUCCCACACUGAUCCUUCCGGUUGUCCCAGAAUUAAGCUUUGCACGGCGUCCGUCCUCAGGAGAAGGAAUGAGGGGAGAACAGAGUGAGAUAUUCCAUACCAAACUGCCUUAUCAAGCUAUCUUUCCACCGGGUUGUUUCUUCCAUCAACCGACACCGAAGCUCGAGGUUAAAUAUUGUGACUUUGCCAGUGUUACGCACCCCAAAAACAUGCCCCCCCCCCCCCCGGCCAGGCAUGCCGCGUGCUGUGUCUUGCUGUGAAUUCACCACCAUCCGAACACUACCAGCAUUUCCAGUCAAGCAACCGAUCAGUUCUAACCCACGAAGAGGCUAACGUUGACAGUGGGGGAGUGCGCGGGUCGGGGAUGGGCGUUGUACUAAGGGCGUUUAUUUUCACCCGCAUCCAGUUUCCGAGUGUGUGAGAUUCUUGGCUUUGUGGCGUCCGGUUCCCAGUCCUGUGCCGUUUGUUUCGAUGUCCUGACCUCUGUGUUGUACUUAAUAAAACACGUUUGGCCUGUUGUAAAUAGCAUGUGGAAUUACUAGUUUUGCUAAGAAAUAAAAGCAACUAUUUUA